CUUAGUCCUACGACGGCAGUCCGUCCAGCAAGUUGAGUCGACGCAAUUUGCAGUUUUAAUCGUCCGCGCCGUGUCAGUUGUUUCGCUCAUUAGAGUGGCUUUCCGAUUAGCCACUCUCUUUAUCACCUGUACGCUCGCGACGCGCUAUCGUACCGUUGAUGCAGUGAUACUCCAAGAAAGAACUACCUGGGGAUGCAAGUUCCACUUUCAGUGGUGUUCCCUUUUUUGCUGGUAAAACAGCAAAACAGCUGACUCAAGGGUGGCUUUGGUGAGCGGAUAUUGGUGUGAGUGUUUCUUCGCAACCGGCUAAAGCUGGACCGGAUCAGUCAGUUGAUCGACGCUCGAUCACGCGGAUCAGAGUGGUGGAUAUCCACUUGUAGCCUGAACUUUCCGGCUCGAUGAGCAGCACAGUUAGUGAGCGAUCGAUUUUAUUGUUGGAAGUGCAUAUUAGCAAUUCGGUUAAUGAAUAUUCACCAGUUGGAGUGGAUUUUGUUUCGCGAUAAUCAACGUGUGUACGUGCUUCGGUGAACAGAACAGCGGGUGUUGUAUUUAGUGCCGGGAAGUCUACACGAGCUGUUGUAGCAUGUGUUGUGUUGUUGUUUGAGAUUAUAGUUUUGAUUGUGCUCUCUUCCAAGGGAAUUUACGGAUGGGCAAGGUUAGCAGCUGAGAGAGGUUACUCACCAACAACAACUGGAGUAGUAGCAGCCUAGCAGUACUUCAGAGUGAAAUUGGGUCGAUGCAGCGACCGGAGUCUGUUGAUGCAGUGAUAAGGAAAAGAAAAUCCCUGAGCUAUGGAUGUUUUCAUGGCUAGUGUUUAGCCGAAGCGUGCGGAGCUCUUAUUUGCUAUUGUAAAAUCGUGUACCUGCUCUGGUAUAGUGAAAAGUGGCAUAUAGGUGUGAUCGGUUCAAAGAAGCUUCAGCUCCCAGAGCAAAGUGUGUACUGUUGUGUUGUGUGCUGUUAUUAAUUAGUGAAGUGGCAGAAAUCACUAAAAAAAAAAUGAUGAACGGGAAAUCAUCCGCGGAGAUGACACUGCUGGCGGUUCCAUCCAAAAUCAUCCCCACCAAGCAGCCCCUCUCGAUUCGAGAUGCCAUCGACACGGACGAAGAGGAGGGUGGACUCGGAUAUACGCACACAUUGAUGUAUGGCCGCUAUACCAAAGACCUAGGAGAAUACGCCAAAGAUGAAGCGCGAAGACUCAGGCUUCUUGAACGAAGAAGAAAAAAAGACGAUAAAGCAAGAAACAAGAUGGAAAUCGUUUCAGGAACUGUUGGGAGUGCGGGAUAGCAAAUUAUUCAAAGCCUCCUCAUGGUUUUGGCGGAAUACGUUCGCGCGGCUCGGCGAGGACUGGGUGUUCUUGGCCAUGCUGGGCAUCAUCAUGGCGUUGCUGUCCUACGUGAUGGACAAAGGCAUCUCGAUGUGCACAAAUUCACGAGUAUGGCUGUACCGAGAUCUCACCAACCAUCCAGUGGCACAGUACCUCGCCUGGGUGUCCCUGCCCGUAUGUCUGAUCCUGUUCUCGGCCGGUUUCGUCCAUCUGGUGGCACCGCAGAGUAUAGGUUCCGGCAUUCCGGAGAUGAAAACCAUCCUCCGGGGUGUGGCCCUGAAAGAGUAUCUCACCUUUAAGACGCUGGUCGCCAAAGUGAUAGGUCUGACGGCAACCUUGGGCUCCGGGAUGCCCCUCGGCAAGGAAGGCCCCUUUGUACAUAUAGCUAGUAUAGUAUCGCAAUUGUUAAGUAAAAUCAUCACGUCAUUCCAAUCGAUCUACGAGAAUGAAUCCCGCAACACGGAAAUGCUGGCGGCGGCCUGUGCCGUCGGCGUGGGAGCCUGUUUCGCUGCGCCCAUCGGUGGUGUCCUGUUCAGCAUCGAGGUCACCACGACUUACUUCGCCGUACGAAACUACUGGCGAGGUUUCUUUGCGGCCGUAUGCGGUGCUACCGUGUUCCGGCUGUUGGCCGUGUGGUUCCAGAAGGCAGACACCGUGACGGCCCUGUUCGCCACCAACUUUACUGCCGACUUUCCGUUCGAUCCGCAGGAGCUGUUCGUGUUUGCGCUGAUUGGCCUCAUCAGUGGUCUUGGCGGUGCCCUGUACGUGUGGGUACACAGGAAGUACGUACUAUUUAUGCGAUCUAGCAAGAGGAUGAACAAAUUUUUACAAAAGAAUCGAUUCCUGUACCCCGGCAUCGUGUCACUGAUAGUGGCCACCCUUUCAUUCCCCCUGGGUUUCGGUCAGUUCAUUGCCGGCGACUUGAGCACCCACGAGCAGGUACACCAGCUCUUCUCCAACUUCACCUGGAGCAGGCACGAGCUCACCGUCGAGCAGGCUGCCAUCGUGUCCAACUGGCGUACGGCCUACACCGACGUCUUUACCAAUCUCAUCAUUUAUCUGUUAUUCACGUUCUUCUUGUCCAUCGUUGCUUCGACCAUUCCGGUUCCGUCUGGUAUAUUUAUCCCUGUGUUCAAAAUUGGUGCUGCCUUUGGACGGAUCAUUGGCGAAGCGAUGCAUCUGUGGUUCCCGUACGGAGUUCGUUACGGUGGUAAGCUAGCACCCAUAAUCCCGGGAGGAUACUCCGUCGUCGGGGCAGCGGCUUUUUCCGGGGCCGUCACGCACACAGUGUCAGUGGGAGUGAUUGUAUUCGAAAUGACCGGUCAAAUAACGCACAUCGUCCCAGUGAUGAUUGCUUCACUGGUUUCGAAUGCGGUGGCAGCCCUGCUCCAACCGUCUAUGUACGAUAGCAUCAUUCUGAUUAAGAAGCUACCCUAUCUGCCGGAUCUGUUGCCCAGUGGGUCGGGUAUGUACAACAUCUACGUGGAGGACUUUAUGGUUCGCGAUGUCCGCUACAUCUGGAAGGGAAUCUCGUAUCAGAAGCUGAAGGACAUCUUGAAAGCAAAUAAGGGUUUGCGAAGUUUGCCCAUUGUAGAUAGUCCUGAGAGUCCUGUACUUCUUGGUAGCGUCCAACGAUACGAGUUGAUCAAGAUGAUCGAUAAACAUAUUGGUCGUGAGAAACGUUUGGAAAUGGCUGCCAAGUGGAUGAAGGAAGCUGAAGAGAAGGCGCGUGAGGAACAGGAACGACUCAGGCGGGAAGCUGACGAACUGCAAAAAACUCGUCGCCCAUCGAGAUUCGAAGUCAGCCCCGCUCCGGACAUUCUUAAGCUCCGUGAACGAGCCAACAACGAAAUGCUGCCUCCUCAAGCAAAGAAGGAAACAUCCUCCGGAUUCAGUCCCGUGUUCGGAACGCAACCGAAGAAAUCCAUCCUCAAGAAGACCAACUCAUUCACACUGAAAGGCUUUACUCCACUUUCACCGCACAGUCCCACGCACACGCCGUACACUACCAUCACCGGAGGUACCGAGAGUCGCAUUCGGUCCGCGUUCGAUAUAAUCUUCCGCAAGUCUGCCACCCUGCAGGAUGUUACCCCCGAUCCGGAGCUCGGUUCCAUUGGAACGCCUAGCAUCACCGGAACCGAGAUACCACUUACACCAGGCAUUUCCAAGAAGGUCCAACUGCCGAGAGAACGCGUCAUCGACAUGUCGGCAGAAGACCAGAAAGCAUGGGAACUGGAGGAAAUGGCAAAGCCUAUUGACGUGGAAAAUCUACACAUUGACCCUGCGCCAUUCCAGCUGGUGGAACGUACGUCCAUUCUGAAGGUUCACUCGCUCUUCUCGAUGGUCGGCAUCAAUCAUGCCUAUGUGACGAACGUGGGAAGGCUGGUCGGAGUGGUGGCACUGAAAGAGUUGCGACAAGCGAUCGAGAACGUAAACAGCGGAACGCUCACGCCGGAAUCGGUGAAGCAGAAACAGGAAGAUGAAGCGGCAGAAAAGGCGAAGAAAGAAGCAGAAAACAACAACUCAUCCCCGGAGGAACCCCUACUGCCGAAGGGCGACACCUACAGUGAUAAGAAAGUAAAUAAUACCAUAACCUCUAUGGAUUCGGCACUGUCCUAUUCGGACAACUGCUCCGAUAUCGAACUAGAUCACGUUAGGUUUGCAAACGAUAAGAAUAGCACCUCCACCAUUCACAGUAGCAACGAUAGCAGCAACAGCAGCAGUAACAUAAAGAACAACAAACCGCAGUAAUACUAACAACUUUUGAAAGUGUGGCGAAUCAAGAAACGUCCAAUAAGGGAUAUGGAUGCCUUUUCUCAAAACUAAAACACUUUGGUAUCUCAAAUCUAAACAAAAUAACUGUCAUAUUGACACCAUCACUCGAACAAGAAAGUAAUUACUCAAUCACCUGAACAGCACACAUUAUCCAACCGUUUCCAUACACUAAACACAAGGAGAGGAUUGAAUAAGAUCACCCACUGGUGAUUUUGGAUCGUUGGACAAGAUAUUCAAGGAUUAACCAAGGCCCAUGAGCUAUGAAUCGGCGGCAUGGCAUCAAAACGUCAUCAUCGUCAUCAUCAUUCUGUAUUGUAUAUUUUACUUUCCCCUUCUCGCCAGUCUGACAUGAUGUGAAUGAUGCGCGGAUCUUCCGAGAAAGUUGUGAUUCUAAUUUUAGUCCCAUCCUACUACCUACGUUAUUCCUAAAUGUCUACAAUUGCAAGGCCGCGUGGUUACCUUCCGUUUUCAUCGACCACAACGACCACCGGAAGUAGAGGAAACGAGCAUGAGGCGCGAUAAGUCACCCGAUAAACGGUUAAAUUAAUCUGCUAAAAGAAAGUAGCUGUGAAAAUGUCAUCACCCAAACAGUGCCAAGCAUGUAAGUUGCUACGUUCGCUGGGUUUUAUAUUUAAUUCAAACCAUGCCAAGUCCCCACAUCGAUAGGAAAUUAUACAGCUUUUUAAAUACUGAUAAUGUGUUUAAAAGUAAACAACUAAAUCAAAUGUAUUUUAUAGCGGUGGGCCGUCAAAGAGGGCUCCACUCACAGUGUAAAUAGGUAUCAUUUGCUUAAGAGAUAAUAAGACGAAUCACUGUUGAACAAAAGACAUUUUACCUUUAAUAUUGUAAUGUUAAGCGAAGCAAGUGUGUGAUUCAGUCUGUAAAAUGUAUGAAGAUGUAAGCCAAUGCAAGCAGUAAUGGUUCAAAACCCCGCGGAACAGAAGCUAACGAUAGGUCGAUUGAGUUUCAGUACUGCGAUAUCAAACAGGCAAAAGAAAGACACAGCAUUAUUAUCCUCACCUGACUGUUUUAGAGAAAUUUGUUACAUUUUGGGGAAUGCGAAAUCUUUAAUGUCAAAUAGAGUCAUUAGGAUAAUUUUAAUAGACUAAA